GUUAACCAGAGGCUUGAGAGAGACACGCGCUCCAGAAACACCGAGCAGCGAGGCGAGGCAGCUCUUUCUCUUUCUUCUCUCUUUCUCUUUCUUUCUCUCUUUCUUUCCCCCUCUCUCUCUCUCUCUCUCUCUCUCUCGCUCUCUCUCGCUCUCUCUCUAUCUUUCUCUCUCUGGGUUUGCACUUCACACCGUAAAAUGGAGACCCUCCGCACGGCCAUCAUGGUUACCGGAGUGCCCAAGAAAGAACACUGUGGCACCGAGACCAACUAUGUAGAUCUUGGGAGCACCAACACAGUGAAAGUCACAUUCACUGGUGAGGGAAACCAGCGAGCCAUAUUCAAGUGUAAAGGGAACCGUGAGGAACAUGAAGAAGGUCGCACGGAUCAAAGGAAGGGCGGAAAGGACAGUUCUUCCGAUAUCUCAGAUAUGGAUUUAAAAAUCGAAAGUUUUCUUGAGGAGGAGACUGCUGUGACAUGCCACGAACCGGAGGAAACAGACUACACAGACAUGUAUUUGAACAGCAGGUGCGAGUCCGAGUCGGAGUCUGAAGAUGGCGAUGCCGAGGAAAGUGAACACGACAUGCCUGUGGCCGAGGAGACGGAAUCACACUACAUAACUACACAUGAGAUUCAGCUCACGGAACUGGACCACGACAUGGACCACGAGCUCGGUCGUGCCGCAAGCUCGUGCUGGGAUUACGAAGACGACAAUCUCGUGUACUCGUUCGUGGACUACGCAUCUUUUGAGAGCGGUGAGCAGCCUACCGGGGAGAGGGGUCAAAGGAGAGCAACGAGCAGCCGUCCACCGAAACUUGGUGCCACAAAAGCGCUGAUCAGCACUGAGAGCGAAUGUGCGAGCUCAGACGAGGGUGCACGGAACACUGCGGGACGCAUUCACGUAUCCAUAAAAGCCUCGUCCCAGACUGUGAGCGAGUCUGUUCGCCCACCUCUGGAUGACAAUGACCUUUUGCGCUGCUAUCGUGAAACACAAGCAAAGAUAGAGGUGCCGUACGAUAGUCACGCGCACUGUUUCAUUCCUGCGCCUGGACGCCAGCAUCUGGCUAGCAAACUGAUGAAAGGCAAAGAUGUCACCGAGUACUCGAGCGGUGCAUCGAGUUCUGUGAGUGAGCUUGAUGAUGCCGAUAAGGAAGUCCGAAACUUGACCGCGAAGUCUUUCCGGAGCCUCGCGUGUCCCUACUUCGACACCAUCGACCUCAGACCCUCAAGUGAGUCCUCAGUUUCAGAGCACAGCCUGAGCAUGAACAAAUGGUCCACUUUCGUUGAUUUCAAUUACAGGAAUUACGUUAUGCAGGGUGGGGUCACAGGCGAGCGCAAAAAUUCCACAUGCUCUGUGGAAAUGAGAAAGUGUACCGACAGUGGAACCGUUAAUGUGAACACCAUCACUGAAGGGAGAACCCACCAGACGAACACCCUGUCAUCAAAAUAUAAGCUGAGCCAGCUGAGCUGCGAUACCGAUAGGCGCACGAAAUGCAUACAGAACGUAUCAAACAGUUGCGAGGCAACGACAAGCCAGCUGCGCAAUCAGGUGGACGUCGGCGUGGAGGGAGUGCACAAGAAAGCCGUGUUCGCCUCGAGCCUCCUGCAAAACGUCAUCUCAAAGAAGAUGCGGUUCGAACAAGAGCGCAAAUUGGAGCGUGGUGAAACAAGUAGUGUGCAACGUGCACAAUCACCACCCAAAGACAGCACGAGCAGCAAAGUUUUACAACGACAGACGUCAGAAUCAGGAUCUGUACACUCUGUUGUCUCCGUGGAAGAAGUUGUGGACAGUUCGAAUGUCGCUUUCAACAAAGUAGAGGAAGAAGAGGGGGAGGAGGCAUGCAAAACGUCAUGUCCACCUACAACAGAGAACAUCGAUGAGCCAAAAAAGGCCCCAGUGCUGGAGGACCACGGAAUUUGCGAAGAAAUAAGCAAGGCCAUAAUACCCAAAGUGGACAUCGAAAGUGACGUCACGGCCACGACCGUGCCAGUAGAGGCACCAAAAGAAAACGAGAAAGCAUGCACUGAAGCGACAAAUAGUAAAACGACAAAAAUGUCACACUUGUAUGUUCCCGGGUCACAUUUUCUUUCAAAAGAAAGGGAAGUAGUGGAACCAUCCACACCAAUAAAACAAAGAAGUGAUCCUAUCCAAUCAGACGGAAAGAGAACAAGCACUUUGGACGCUUCAAAAGGCAGCAAAGCCCCAGAGAUCACAAUCUGCCUGCGCAGCGUCAAGGAAAACAAAAACAACCUUGAGCGUCCUUUUAACAUUGCCAGCCUCCUGACUCCAAACCUCACCAAGCAUAGUGGCGACACCAAGAGCGAAAAAGUUCCACACUUUACAGUGAGGGAUGUCCGGGACAGCAGGUGUAAACUCCAAACGCCGAUCCAUCAGGUGCGAGACGUGCGCAAACUGGUCAAGAGCUCGUACCGGUUAGUGUCUCUGGAAAGUGGCGAGAAUAAAACCACAUCACGCGAAGAAAGUGAUGCCGUCAAAAAAGAACCAGAUAAAAAUGACAAGAAAGAAAAGACGCCCAUGGUGAUCAAAUGCCAUUCAGUGAACACAAAUACAAACACGAAUGCAAACAGACGGAACGACCCGGAAAGUGAGAGGUCACUGAUGCAGCCAAUCUCCGAGCAGCAGGAGAUUCAGAUGAAGUCAGCCAGAUGGAAAGAAAGCUGUGAUAAAAGGGUUGAGUGCAAAAUGACGAACCAGGUGGCACUCGAGAAAUUAAAGGCAGCUGUAAAGACCAUGGAGCAGCUUUAUGUUUUUGACCGGAACGAGUGGCGGCGCAAGACAGAGGCACCGCGGCCGGUGACGGACAGCCAUGUCCUCUCACUAAUUACUAGCGAGGAGCAAGGAGUCGAUGGUGAGAGGCUAGCGAAAACAGAACCUUCAAAAACCCCUGGUGCAGGCGCAAGCUUCACCAGAACAAUCACUCAUCAUCUGCAACAGGAUGUUCCCAAGAACCAAUGUUCCAAUGUCUGUAGCAACAUCUCUAGCUCCACGAGAAGCCCCUUUUCCCUCAAAAUCUGUCCUUCAAAAAGCACAGUGGAGAAAAGAAGCAGAGUUGAGGGUGACGCCGGAGUCAAAGUCACGACCUCUGCAUCGGAUUUGGUACCUCAAUCUCAACCUCCACCUGCAUCAGAUUCGGUACCUAAAUCUCAACCUCCACCUGCAUCGGAUUCGGAAAAUUAUCUAACCAUCCCGAUUAAGCCACGCCCCUUAGAGACAAAACCCCAUGCCUCAGAACAAAUCCUCAACCCCGCUCCUCAGCCUCAGCUUCAGCCCCGCCCACCACUUCAGCGCUCACCAGUCGUCACAGACUCAUGGUCUCCCGAGAACCCAAUGCUGACCUUCUGUCAGCCCGCACAAAUCCUUUGCGUCACACCCCCUAUGGAUCCACUCACGUCAAACACACAACGCAAGCUCCUACUAGAUCCCAUAACGGGGCAGUACUACCUGGUGGACACGCCCAUCGCCCUUCAGCCAGUCACGCAGAGACUCUAUUGCCCUGAGAGUGCUCAGUAUCUGGACAUACCGGUAGCCCUGAGCCCAGCGGCGUAUCUCAUCUGUCCACCAACGUUUGUACAGCCGCAUUCGCCCCCUGUUUGCUCGCAGGGCGAGAGCACAAGCACUGGGGCAAGCACGACAAUGGGCGGAGCUAAACCAGUCAUCAGUAUUACAUCACAACAAGGACCACGCAUCGUGGCUCCACCUUCUUUUGACGGCACGACCAUGAGCUUCGUCGUGGAGCACAGAUGAGCACAGAUGUCUGGGCUGUGUGUGUGUGUGUAUGUGUGUGUGUCUGUGAGAGUGAGUGUGUGAGAGUGUGUGUGUGUGUGUGUGUGCGCGUGUGUGUUCAUGUUCAGGAGGGUACCCUGGUUCUUACAUCGGAACAUAACGUAACGGUUCCCACAGAAACUUUGUCACUUCCUGUGCCAUUUCAGCUUCCUGUCUGCACUGCGGUUUCAAACUGAGCCGUGUUUUUCCCAGCCGCUGGUCAUGACGUCAUGGACGGCUGUGAGGAACCGAGGUCCGAUCGAUCCGUCAGCUUGCUAAAGACUGACACCGGCAUGUGGAGAAGGUCAGCGGAAAGUUCCGGAAAAUGAAGAUAAGCCGUGAGCGAGAUUCCUGAAAGCUCGAAUCUUCUCUGAGAGAAGAUGUGAGAAGCUGAGGAGAAUGGAAUGAUGGAAAUAACGGAAGGAUUGAAAUGAAAAGUGAAAUGUUAUUGAGGUUUUGGAAUAAACUGAACGUGUAAGCUGAGGGGAAGUGUCGCGUGCGUGUGAAAAAUCAUGAGACAUGUUAGCAGGCGAGCUCGGCCUAGCAACAUGCCACCAAAACAACCAGAAAAUUAAAAAAAAAACAAAAAACAAUU